UUCUCCGGGUCACGGGAAGCCCCGCCCGCGCUCAGGCCCCUCCCUCCUGGCGAGCCGCGCGCUGAUGGCGGAGCCGGGCCCCGAGGAGGAGGAGCUGGCGCACGCCGAGGUGCUCGAGUUGUUCCAGGAGGGGCUGGCCCGCCUCGUGCAGGACCCGCUGCUCUGCGACCUCCCCGUGCAGGUUACCGUGGAGGAAAUCAAUUCUCAGAUUGCGCUGGAGUAUGGCCAAGCCAUGACUGUGCGGGUGUGCAAGGCGGAUGAAGAAGUUAUGCCUGUAGUAGUGGUACAGAAUGCCAGUGUCCUGGACCUGAAGAAAGCCAUCCAGCGAUAUGUUCAGCUGAAGCAGGAGCGGGAAGGGGGCAUACAGCACAUUAGCUGGACCUACGUAUGGAGAACGUAUCACUUAACCUUUGCUGGAGAGAAAAUGACAGAUGACAAAAAGAAGCUGCGAGAGUACGGCAUCAGAAAUCGCGAUGAGGUCUGCUUUAUAAAGAAGCUUCGAAAGUGACCUGUAAGCUCCAGGCACAGCAUUCCCUCUGCCUGAAAAGGACUAACUCGAGGCUGUUACUGCAGCAGGACCAGCCUGCAGAUUCAGCAUCUUUCCAGAAGAGAAACUUGUGGCAUUUCAAAGAGCAAAUGCAGGAGGCAAUGAAAAUUCUCUUAUAGGUUAGUGUUUGCUUUUGCUGUGCCCUGGCUAUGAAGGACAAAUGGUGCAUUUUGAUGCUUUUCAGAGCCCUCUGAAGUUCUGUCUGCCGGAACUUGAUGCCACCAUAGGCACAACCACAAAUAAAGGACUAAGCCUAAUAAUUUA